AUGGCUGAGUGGAAGAAAUUGAGAGUUUUUGGAGAAGGUUCAUAUGGCACAGUGUAUCUGGUUCUUCUACGUUCUAUAGAAGAACAAAAUCCGAAAAUCUCACUCUUAGCAUUGAAGACAAGUUCUUCCUAUUCAAUGUUAAGGGAGAAAAAGGUUUUUGAGUUAUUACGGGGUUGCGAAGGAAUCGUACAAUGUUAUUAUUAUAAAUGCAUUGUUGAGAGAGGUUAUUUAACUUAUAACCUCUUCAUGGAGUAUGCCCCUCAUGGUUCUUUAGGCAAUUUAAUAAAGACAAAGUUAUUAUCCGACAAGGAAGUGAUAGUCUACACUCACAUGCUUCUCAAGGGACUUUCUUGCAUGCAUGAAAAAGGAAUUGUUCAUUGUGAUCUUAAACCGGAUAACAUUCUCCUCUUUCCUUCAUGGGAUGAUCGUACAAAAUAUCAACUAAAGAUUUCUGAUUUUGGAUUGUCCAAGACUAGCGAAGAGGCAAAUGCUGAUUUAGGAGAGAUCAAGUUCAGAGGGACACCCUAUUACAUGUCACCGGAAUCACUUGCAUUUUUCAAUGAAGCACCAAAGAUACCAGAUGAACUUAGUUACGAUUGCAAGGAUUUUUUGAAAAAAUGUUUGAUCAAUGAUCCUCAACAAAGAUGGACGGCUAAAAUGCUUCUAGAUCAUCCUUUUAUUCAAAAGGAAUAUCCAACAUCAUUGGCUAGGAGAGAUAGAGCUUCCUUAGCUUUUGGAGUUGUUUUAGGACUCCUAGAGCUGUUGGAUCUGUCAGGUUAUUUUGGGACUGAUUGGUAUCUACUUUGCAAAAAAUUGGCUUUGUAUAGUAAGAACUUUAGUUGGACUUAUGGGUUGUUAUCAUCUAGUGUGGCGUUGAGGGGUAGUUUUCUAGCAUUGAGCGCCACAUUCCAAUGGCUCCCUGGUGUUGAGGGUCAGUUUCUUGGCACUGAGCACCCACACUCUAGUGGCUUUGGCGUUUAG